AUGGCCGGUUUUCUUGUUGCUCUUCGAAUCAUCGGUCUUGUCCCAACAAUCCAAUUCGCAAACGGCACGACAUGCUGUUCUUCGCUAGACGAAAUUCGUGUACAGUUGGACAUCGUUGAUACACAGUUACUGCAGCUAUUGUCAACGAGAGCUUCGUACGUUAGAGAAGCGACCCGCUCCAAGGCUACAGUUUCAGAUGUCAACGUUCCGUCUCGGAAUGAGCAGGUGAUCCAGGGCGCUGUUGAUAAUGCUCCAUCGGUGCAUUUACCACAGAUUGUCGCUAAGACUGUGUACGAGGGCAUCAUAAAUUCCAGUGCCAUCUUGGAGGAAUGCAUAGUGAUUCAAAAAGCCUAUGCAGGGAAUCACCAACCAGUCUAGUUACGCGCAUGGUAGUACUUGUAUAGACGUGCACAUCCAAGACAGGGUGCUGUGUGCGUUCGGGCUUAGUCGCGACCAUUUCUUUUUAUGACUACGAUCACUGCCUAAUACUACUUGCUGCUCGACUUUAACAAGAAACAGAGUACAUUCAGCCGGAUGCCUCGCGAAGGGUCACUAGGCGUAGCUACUUUGACGUGGCUGUGACGCACCUUGA